AUGACAACGCCGGUGUUUUCGCCUGAGGUGCUUCCCUAUCCGAUUACGAUUGACCAGUUGAUAGCACCGAUUGGAAGCGAUGUGGAGAAGGGCCAGCGGCUGUUUGCGUUCAAGUUCUGGUACAUGGUGGAGAUUGCGUCGUCGCCAGACGAGAGCGAGGACGGACACGGCAAGAAACGGGUCCGGGAGUCGAUAGAGUUCUUUGAAGCUCCGUUUGAGGGCAAGCUGAUGAGCUGGAACGUCGACGUCGGCGACGAGAUCGCGUCGCCGAACCAGGCGAUCUGCGAAAUCUUCAGACCGUGCAACCACGACAUCGUGUAUGGCGGACUUUGCACGCUGUGUGGGAAAGAGGUGGACGAAAGCGAGCAGAUGGGUGCGAAUCUGGCGAUCUCGCACACGGACGUCAAUCUGAGGGUCAGCAGGAAGGAGGCGGCGGACAUCGAGAAGAGUCUCAAGGUGCGGUUGCGCGAAAGCAAGAAGUUGGUGCUCGUGGUGGACCUGGACCAGACGGUGAUACACUGCGGUGUGGACCCGACGAUCGGCGAGUGGAAACGGGAUGCGUCUAAUCCGAACUACGAGACCUUGAAGGACGUGAGGUCUUUUGCGCUCGAGGAAGAGACCAUACUGCCUCUGCUGUACAUGGGCCCAAAGCCUCCCGCACGCAAGUGUUGGUAUUACGUGAAGGUGAGGCCAGGGCUCAGGGAGUUUUUCGAGCGAGUGGCGCCGCUGUACGAGAUGCACAUUUACACGAUGGCUACCAGGGCAUACGCGCUGGAAAUCGCCAAGAUCAUAGAUCCGGACGGCUCUCUGUUCGGGGACCGCAUUCUUUCGCGUGACGAGAAUGGGUCGAUCACGCAGAAAUCGUUGGAGAGGCUCUUCCCGACUGAUCAAUCGAUGGUGGUGGUGAUCGACGAUAGAGGCGACGUGUGGAAUUGGUGUCCGAAUUUGAUUAAAGUGAUACCGUACAAUUUCUUCGUUGGCGUGGGUGACAUCAACUCCAACUUCCUGCCUAGGCAACAAAAUACGAUGCUGCAGCUUGGAAGAGGCUCGCGUAAGAAGACGCAGGAGUCAGACGAACUGAUAACAGAUAUAAUGGACACGGAGAAGAAACUUCAAGAGAAAAUCGACGAGGAAGUCAAGCGACAGGAGGAAAAGUUGAGCCAUCAAAUAGCUACUGGGGAGGAAACCGCGGCGCCUGAGUCCAAGGAACAGUUGGCCAGAAAAAUAGAAUAUUCAGCUUCCCUGGAAGUGCAGCAGCAAAAUAGGCCGUUGGCAACCUUACAAAAGCAUAUGCAUAAUCAAAGACUCUUAGUAGAUGAUGAUGAUGAGCUAUUCUAUCUAAAAGAGACUUUGGCCAAAGUUCAUGAUGAGUACUACAGAGCUCUGGAGGAAAAGUCGGAACAAGAUGCUGAUAUGAAAGUUUUAAUGCCGACGAUGAAAAGCCGGGUGUUUGAGAACUGUCAUUUUGUAUUCUCUGGUUUGAUACCAUUGGGAACAAAUAUCAGUAGGGCAGACAUAGUGUUGUGGACAGAUAUGUUUGGCGCUCAAAGUUCUGCCGAAAUUGACGAAAACACAACACAUCUCAUCACAAGAACAUCGGGCACAUAUAAGGCGCGGAUCGCGAAGGCUUUCAAUGACAAGAUUAAAGUUGUUCAUCCUGAUUGGGUUUUUGAAUGCCUUGUUUUGUGGAAACGGGUCGAUGAGCAACCAUAUGAGCUUAUAAUUGAGCAAUCGGCCACCGAAGAAGAGCUGGAAGAGUAUAAGCGAAACUUGGAAAAGCGAAGCAAUGCUCUGGCGGAAAGUAAGAGAGAUGCUGUCAUUGAGUCGACGAAGGAUGGCCCAGUAGAUUUGUUUUCCGCUGGGACAUCGUGGCUCAAUGAUGACGAAGAAGAAGAAAUUCCAGAGAGCUCUGAGAGUAGUGAUGAAGAGGUAGAGGAAAAUGAUAGCCAAGAUGAGGAAGAAAAGGCUGACAAAAGCUCAACAGAAGAUCAGCAUCCUAAAACAGCAACAAAAUUUGAAAGCUUCGAUCAAUCAGCAAAGAGAUCUUUGGGAGAUACGGCCGGCUCCUUCGACAAUGCCGGUGAUAUUAAAAGAGCACACCUUGAGGAGCCGAAGGCUGAAGAUAGCGAUUCGGAACUUGAGGAAGAAUUACUGAAUGCCCUGGAUGAAUAA